CGACGAAUGGCGGACGCUUGCUCUCUCACGGGCUGGCUAACUACUGCGGAGGAGGAGGGAGGGCGAAAGUGUUGAGUUCUGUCGCGUGUCGGUUGGUUAGUGUGUCCCCGAGAAAAAUGUCAAGCUGGAUUCUUGGCGGAGGGACUGGGUGGUGGUGGGCGAGAACGAGAAGUGCAACAUGAUGUUCGUCGAAUGGGUGUUAGUACUUCUACAUCUGCUGCUCCCGCUGUUGCUAUGUAUAUACCUCAUCUGCUGCUUGCUUGCUUCUCAACAACUUCAUCCAUACCUCAUUACCCCAUGCCGCGCUCUGUCUCUGCUAGGUAGAUAGCAUUUGUCCAUACGUUGACUAAACCGGUCCCUCCCCCACUACGAACCCAAUCCACUACACUCAACCUACACCUACACCUAACUACACCUCCAACUACAACUACAACUACCACUUCACCUGCUAGGUAUCUCCAUGCCCCCAUCGGUCGCGACCGCUACAACAGCUGCCAAAUCACUUCUCGCCUCAGCCACUGCCACCGCCUCGAAAACCGUUCCUUCCGUCGCCGCAGCCACCGCCCAUUCCACUGCCCUCCGGAGACUGGACCUGAUCAAGCGGAAUCUAUCAUCGUCGCCCGCAAAGAUGUCGCCCAUACCCACAAGGAAGCACCGUGUGACGGUCAUCGGAUCUGGUAACUGGGGAAGUGCCAUCUCCAAGAUCGUGGCCGAAAACACCAAGGCCCACUCGCACGUCUUCGAGGAGGAGGUGUACAUGUGGGUGUUCGAGGAGAACCACCAGCUCUCGUCGGACCACCCCAAGUACGACUCCUCGAAGCACUCCUCGCCGCAGAAGCUCACCUCGCUGAUCAACGACCUGCACGAGAACGUCAAGUAUCUCCCGCGCAUCUCGCUGCCGCACAACGUCGUGGCCACACCCGACAUCAAAGAGGCCGUACGGGAAGCGACGAUCCUCGUCUUCAACGUGCCACACCAGUUCAUGGGCAACAUCUGCAAGCAGAUCGACGGGGCGGUGCUCCCGUACGCGCGGGCGAUGUCGUGCAUCAAGGGCGUGGACGUGUCCGCGGAGGGGAUCUCGCUGUUCAGCGACUACAUCGGCAAGCGGCUGGGGAUCUACUGCGGCGCGCUGUCGGGCGCGAACAUUGCCAAUGAGGUUGCGGAGGAGAAGUGGUCCGAGACCACUGUGGCAUACGAUCCUCCCGGCGACCUGACGCCGCUCCCCGAGGAGCUCCCCCCCGUCGACCACGCCGUCAUGAAACACCUCUUCCAUCGCCCCUACUUCCACGUGCGCGUCGUCCGCGACGUCGCGGGAGUGUCGCUCGGCGGCGCGCUAAAGAACGUUGUCGCCCUCGCCGCGGGAUUCGUCGACGGGCUGGGCUGGGGUGAUAACGCGAAGGCGGCGGUGAUGCGCGUCGGGCUGAUGGAGAUGCAGAAGUUCGGGCGGGCGUUCUUUGAGUCGUGCCGGCCGGAGACGUUCACGGAGGAGAGCUGCGGCGUCGCCGAUCUCAUCACUAGCUGCAACGGCGGCCGCAACCAUAAGUGCGCGAUGCUGAGCGUGCGCGAGGGAAAGAGCAUCGAGGAGAUCGAGCAGCGCGUGUUGAAUGGCCAGAAGCUCCAGGGAACUAGCACUGCGAAGGAGGUUAACCAGUUCCUGAAGGAGAGGGGUGUUGCGCAUGAGUAUCCCCUGUUCACGGGUGUGCAUCUGAUUUUGACCGGCCAGGCCAAGGUUGAGGAUCUACCAAAGAUGAUUGAGCCUAGGGAUACGAAUUAAUGACCUACGACCGACACCGAACCGAAUAGACGCCAGUAUCUCGUACCCAUUAUGACUACGAGCUCUAACCACGAGGGUUUGCAUGAAGUGGAUUGGAUUGGAUCUUGGGCGUGGGAGGGUGGGA